AUGGCGUGGCUAGAGAAGCUGAAUUCGAGGCUCGAGUCAUUCUUAGAAGUUGACUUCGACAGCUCCCCAUCCUUCUUAACCCAGACGUCGCACAUGGUGGAGUCGUCCGUCGCUCAGGUGGGCAGCGGCGUGCGACAGCUGUGCGGCGACUUGGUGCGCGACCUCUUCGUGCCCGCCUGGGACGACGACGACCUCUUCGCCCCUGCCGCCCCCGCCCCCGCCGCUACUGCCAAGACGCUUGCUGCUGCUGCUGCUGCGCCGAUCCAUGUCGCUCCUCACCCAGGUGCGCGCAAGCGCGUGUCGGCCUGCAGCGCGGCAGAGGGGAGCUCCAAAGCAGCGGGGAGGUCGAAGGACGCGCGAGGGGCAGGGGGAGGCGGGCGUGGCACAGGAGGCGGCACGCACAGUGGUGGACCCGGCCUUCUGGGUGCUACUCCGGGCGGCACUGCUCCGCCUGCCUCAGCUGCCUUGGCUGGAAAAGGGGGAGAGGCGGUGCCUGCCGCCAGGAGGGCGAGUUCACCCGCCAGGGGGGGCUGCGGUGAGGGCGAGAGCGCGGUCACAGUGGGGGUCGCGACAGCAGCUGCUGCUAGUGGGGACGUGAGUGUGGUGCGGCGAGCAGGGAGAGGCUACGCGGCAUGUGAGGGCGCGGUUGAAGCGCGGGCCAUGGCAGGAGGACGAGGCGGUUUGGCAGGAGUGGUGGAGGGUGAGAGAGAGCGGGGCGGAACAGAGGGCACAGUGGCGGCAGUGCGGGUCAAGGUUGGCACGGUGAGGCGGCGGGUGGAGGUAAGCGUGCCUGGUGGGACGGGGCCGGGCGUGCACGGGGCAUGCGUGGGGGCGGAGGGAGCAGCACGGGAUGACGAUGAGUGUGCGGUGGGGGAGGAGGAGGGGGAGGGGGAGGAGGAGGGGGAGGGGGAGGAGGAGGAGGAGGCGAUGGGUGAGUGGCGAGAGAUGGUGGGCGAGCUGGAUGCACUGCUGCCUGGCGCUGCAGGGGAGGCACAGGGGAGCGGCGUCAAGGCGAGUGCUGGCCCUCGCCCGCCCUCUGGUCGAUCUGGCGCUGCUGCAGGCGUGAUGGCUGGGGGCGUGCAGGCUGAGGUCGCUGCACGGGAUACUUGUGAGAAGGGAGGGAACGGGGAAGGAGGAGAGGGCAGCAAAAAGCAGAGGUUGGGGGCGGCAGAGGUAGGAGCAGAAGAGUGUGGUGGCCGCGCAGGUGGGCAGAGUGGAGUGGAUGUGGCAGCGCAAGAGGGGAGUGAGGGAGGGCAGUGUGCAGGCGAAGGCGACGUGAACAAGGAAGGGGUUGUGGCGCCGUUGUGGUGCGAUCCGUGUGUGCCAAGCUUGGUGUGUGUUGCUCCACCUCUGCCUGUGCUGCCAUCGCCCUCGCCCCCACCACCGUCACCACCACAGCCACAGCCAGCACAGGCACGGCUGGUGGGCGUUGAGCAGGUGGCAGCGGACGCAGCUGCUGCUGCUGCUGCUGCUGCUGCUGCUGCUGCUGCUGCUGCCACGGAGAUGGGCGAUGGGGUUGGGGGCGGAGGGGAGGUGGCGGGGGAGUGGGCUGCACGGGGCGCAUCAGCAGUGCAAGGAGAGGCAGCGGCGAUGCUGGCAAGCAGUAGCAGUGAGACAGCAGGUGGGGGUGGGCCAAGAGGGAGCAAUGAGGCAUUGCAGGGGCAUGAAGCACCUCCGCGGAAUGAGGUACCGCCGGGGAGUGAGGUACUGCUGGGGAGUGAGGCAAGAGAGGGAAGUGGUGAGAGUAAUGGCGAGGUGCUCAGUGGGACGAGGGUCAUGGCGGUAGCUGACAGGGGCGAUACUCGCACUCCAGCUGGCGUUGACGGCACUGACAAUGAAGCUGGAGCCUCUUGUGUGAACACCACAGCAGCGACAGACAGUGACCAGCAGCAGUCCGAGACAGUGACGGGGACAGAAGGAGGGGGUGGCAGCGAGGAGGAUGAGGACGAUGCGUGCAUUCCAGACAUCGAGGAGGUGAGCACCAACGAGGUGAGCACCAACGAGGUGAGCACCAUCGAGGUGAGCACCAACGAGGUGAGCACCAACGAGGUGAGCACCAACGAGGUGAGCACCAACGAGGUGAGCACCAACGAGGUGAGCACCAACGAGGUGAGCACCAACGAGGUGAGCACCAACGAGGUGAGCACCAUCGAGGUGAGCACCAACGAGGUGAGCACCAACGAGGUGAGCACCAACGAGGUGAGCACCAACGAGGUGAGCACCAACGAGGUGAGCACCAACGAGGUGAGCACCAACGAGGUGAGCACCAACGAGGUGAGCACCAACGAGGUGAGCACCAACGAGGUGAGCACCAACGAGGUGAGCACCAACGAGGUGAGCACCAACGAGGUGAGCACCAACGAGGUGAGCACCAACGAGGUGAGCACCAACGAGGUGAGCACCAACGAGGUGAGCACCAACGAGGUGAGCACCAACGAGGUGAGCACCAACGAGGUGAGCACCAACGAGGUGAGCACCAACGAGGUGAGCACCAUCGAGGUGAGCACCAUCGAGGUGAGCACCAACGAGGUGAGCACCAACGAGGUGAGCACCAACGAGGUGAGCACCAACGAGGUGAGCACCAACGAGGUGAGCACCAACGAGGUGAGCACCAACGAGGUGAGCACCAACGAGGUGAGCACCAACGAGGUGAGCACCAACGAGGUGAGCACCAACGAGGUGAGCACCAACGAGGUGAGCACCAACGAGGUGAGCACCAACGAGGUGAGCACCAACGAGGUGAGCACCAACGAGGUGAGCACCAACGAGGUGAGCACCAACGAGGUGAGCACCAACGAGGUGAGCACCAACGAGGUGAGCACCAACGAGGUGAGCACCAACGAGGUGAGCACCAACGAGGUGAGCACCAACGAGGUGAGCACCAACGAGGUGAGCACCAACGAGGUGAGCACCAACGAGGUGAGCACCAACGAGGUGAGCACCAACGAGGUGAGCACCAACGAGGUGAGCACCAACGAGGUGAGCACCAACGAGGUGAGCACCAACGAGGUGAGCACCAACGAGGUGAGCACCAACGAGGUGAGCACCAACGAGGUGAGCACCAUCGAGGUGAGCACCAACGAGGUGAGCACCAACGAGGUGAGCACCAACGAGGUGAGCACCAACGAGGUGAGCACCAACGAGGUGAGCACCAACGAGGUGAGCACCAACGAGGUGAGCACCAACGAGGUGAGCACCAACGAGGUGAGCACCAACGAGGUGAGCACCAACGAGGUGAGCACCAUCGAGGUCUUUGCGGAGUUGAGCAGCCACACCCCACCUCCUCUGCAGCAGAUUGCAGCUGGUCCCAGCCCCCUCGCGGCCACAGCAGUCUUCCAGCACACUCCCAAUCAGCCACAAAGCGAGUUCACAGCACGCUGGUUAGACGUGGCCCCCCAUAACUCCACCACACCAUGUCUUCCUCCCAUGGGACCUUCUCUUCCCUAUAAGAGGUUGCCUCAACCACCCAGGGCUCCUGCACACGUCGAUCUCCCAGCUUCAUCUCCAGCAGGCGUUGGUGACGUUGUCCCAUGCGGGCUGGGAGGUCAAGCUCCUCCUUCAGAAGAAGAGUGGGACUGGGAGUUUGUGAAGGUGGCGGUGCGGCCGCUCAAUGCGCCGAGCGGCAGGACGGCGGCACCGCCGGUGACGAGGGCGUCCGCCAUCAUGGACUACGUCUCCGACAUGAGCCGCGCCGCGCCCAAGGGGCUGUUCCCGCCGGAGCCCGAGAAGUAUGUGGGACCGAAGCUCAAGGUGGCCAUCGUGGGCGCGGGGCUCGCCGGCAUGUCCACCGCCGCCGAGCUGCUCGACCAGGGCCACGAGGUGGACAUCUACGAGGCGCGGCCGUUCAUAGGCGGCAAGGUGGCGAGCUUUCAAGACAAGGACGGCAACCACAUCGAGAUGGGGCUGCACGUCUUCUUCGGCUGCUACAACAACCUCUUCCGCCUCAUGGCCAAGGCAAGCGCGCCCUCUUCCGCCUCAUGGCCAAGGCAAGCGCGCCCUCUUCCGCCUCAUGGCCAAGGCAAGCGCGACCCCUCUCGCCUCAUGGCCAAGGCAAGACCAGCCCAACCACUCAGCGGGGCGGUGGACAACCUGCUGCGCAAGGAGCACACACACGUCUUCAUCAACAAGGGCGGCGUCACUGGCGAGCUGGACUCCCGGUUCAUCACGGGCGCGCCCUUCCACGGGCUCAAGGCAUUCUUCACCACCAACCAGCUCUCGCCGGUGGACAAGGUGUUCAACGCGCUGGCACUAGCGACGAGCCCCGUGGUGCGAGCGCUGGUGGACCCCGAGGGCGCCUUCCAGGAUAUCCGCGACCUCGACAAGGCACGCCCCGUCCCUCCCCUUCCCCCGCUCCCCACGUCGCCCCCCUCCUUCCCCCUCCCUCCAUCUCCAUACCCCACCCCACCCACUCGCUCCCCCACCUCGGCUAUGCAAACCUCAUCUGCCUGCGCUGCCCCUCUGUGCUGCCUCGCUGUGCUGCAUGUGGGCGAGCAGGUGAGCUUCAGCGAGUGGUUCACGUUGCACGGCGGCACGAGGGAGAGCAUCAAGCGCAUGUGGGACCCGGUGGCGUACGCGUUGGGGUUCAUAGGCUGCGACAACAUCAGUGCGCGCUGCAUGCUCACCAUCUUCGCCUUCUUUGCCACCAAGACCGAAGCCUCCGUGCUGCGCAUGCUCUGCGGCUCCCCCGACCGCUUCCUCGCCGGCCCCAUCGCCAAAUACAUCACCGACCGCGGCGGCAGGUUCCACGUGCGGCAGCCGUGCCAGGAGGUGCUCUACUCCACCGCCGCUGAUGGCUCCACCGUUGUCAUCGGCCUGCGCAUGAAGCAGGUGAAGAGGGGGUGCAAGUGGGAGAUGCGGGUGCAAGGGGCGCUCCGGUCGCUCUCAUGCUGCUCCUCGUUUCCUCCCAUCCUUCUACCAACAGCGUUGGACGUGCCCGAGGCGAAGAGGCUGGUGCCGGGGGAGUGGAGGGAGCGGUGGGGGCAGUUCAGGGACAUCUACGAGCUGGUGGGCGUGCCCGUCAUCACCGUGCAGCUGCGCUACGAUGGCUGGGUCACCGAGAUGAACGACAUCCAACUAUCCAGGCAGCUGGCGCGGGCAGCAGGGCUGGACAAUCUGCUCUACUCACCCGAUGCCGACUUCUCGUGCUUUGCUGACCUGGCGCUCACGAGCCCCGAUGACUACUACAAGGAGGGCCAGGGCUCGCUCAUGCAGGUGGUGAUCACACCAGCGGACCCCUACAUGCCAAUGACCAACGAGGCCAUCGUUGCCAAGAUGAACGACCAGGUGAUGGAUCUGUUCCCAUCAGCGCGGGGCCUAACCCUGCUGUGGCACUCAGUGGUGAAGAUAAACCAGUCGCUGUACCGCGAGGCUCCCGGCCUCGACCAGUUCCGCCCCGACCAGAAGACCCCCGUCCCCAACUUCUUCCUCGCCGGCUCCUACACCAAGCAGGUACGCCCCCUGUCCCCCCGCUCCCCCCUCUAUCCCCUUCACAUCCACCUGUCACAUCCUCCUCUAACAUCCCCCUCUCACAUCCCCCUCGCAUCAUCCUCUCACAACCACCUCCCUCCACCACCCUCCUUCCACUCUUCCCCCUGGCAGGACUACAUAGACAGCAUGGAGGGCGCCACUCUGUCGGGCAGGAAGGCAGCAGCGCGCAUCUGUGAGGCAGGGGAGGCCAUCAGCGCACUCGCCUCCCAGCAAAGAGCAGCCGCCCCCGCUGCUGCCGUCUGA